GGUAUCAUCUGCUGUUAGAAAUCUAAAUAAUUUGAACAACUCCGACAAAUGAAACUAGCACGUGCUGGUUUCUGAGAGAGAAUUAUGGCCACUCAUUUGGAUUAUAUCCUGCGACAUGGGGGUUGUGUAUUGUGUUCUAUAUGUACAACAUAACACACGCAGAUCUUCACUCUUCUUGACACUUCCUCGCACGACGAUGGGUACGCACUCAAAACCUCACGCGCUUCUACUCGCCAGGCCCGGCAUGGGACACGUCAUCCCCGUCCUCGAACUCGCCCAUCGUCUCUCCUCCUCCCUUCACUUCCGAGUCACUGUCUUCCUUGGACCCUUCGGCCGCGCCAUGUCGUCAGCCGAGUCCCACACCGCACGGGCCGCCAUGGCGCGCGGCUCAUUCGACGUCCGGGAGCUGCCCCCGGUCGACGUAACCUCCCUAGUCGAACCAGACGCAGCUGCCGUCACGAAGCUCACCGUCACGAUGCGCGAGAUGAGACCUGCGGUUCUGGCCACCGCCCUGGGGAUGAGGCCCAAACCGACGGUCUUGAUCGUCGAUCUAUUUGGCACGGAGGUUUUGUCCAUAGCCGAAGAGAUUGGUGUCGCGGCAAAGUACGUAUUCGUUGCGUCGCACGCGUUGUUCUUGGCGCUGAAGGUGUAUUUGCCGGUUCUGGACAAGCUGGUUGAAGGAGAGUACACUGAACAGAAGGAGCCCAUGAAGAUACCUGGCUGCAGACCGGUUCGACCGGAUGAGUUGAUCGACCCGAUGCUGGAUCGGUCGAACCGGCAGUACCAGGAGUGUGUACGUGUCAGUCUGGAGAUACCAACAAGCGAUGGCGUUUUUAUUUUUAUUUGGGGGGAGCUACAAGGAGAGACCCUGGCCGCGUUGGACGGGAACGGUGAACUGGGCCGGAUCAUGAGAGUGCCUGUUUAUCCUAUUGGGUCUAUCAUAAGGCCCAAUGAUCCAACAGAAAGGCCCAUUGGGUCAGUAUUCGAAUGGUUGGACCAGCAGCCGGGGAGGUCAGUGGUGUACGUGUGCUUAGGGAGCGGCGGAACGCUGUCGUUUCAGCAGACGACGGAGAUGGCGUGGGGCCUCGAGCACUCCGGCCAACGGUUCCUCUGGGUUCUACGUCGGCCCACCGUGAGGACCGGUGACGUGGCUAGUGUCCUGCCCGAGGGCUUCAUGGACAGGGUGGGUCGGACUAGGUGUGGGUCCCACAAGCAGAGAUCAGUGGGAGGGUUCUUGUCACACUGCGGGUGGAACUCGACGUUGGAGAGCUUGAGAAAUGGAGUUCCGAUGGUGACGUGGCCGCUGUACGCGGAGCAGAGGAUGAACGCGGUGGUGCUGACAGAGGAGAUCGGCGUAGGGGUGAGGCCGAGGAGGUUUCCGACGGCGGAGGGAGUGAUCGGACGGGAAGAGAUAGCGGAGUUGGUGAGGAGGGUCAUGGUGGACGGUGGGAUGAGGGACAAAGCUCGAGAGAUUAAGCUUAGCUCGGAGCGAGCUUGGUCCGAUGGUGGAUCUUCUCGCCUCGCUCUCUUCCAGUGGGCGAAGCGUUUUUCGUGAAGUCUUUGCUUUCGUUGUCUGUUGGGCCGCUGAUAUUUUUGGACCAAAAAGCAAUCGAUGGCGUUGAAAUAAUCCCGAAAAUUACAAAUUCGGGAAA